AUGAGGGUCUAUCUACCCCCAGUCUUGCUUUAUAUCACCUUUGUACUGAUACCUUCUGUCAUCGCAGACCCCAUAUCUAUACCUAUCCAAGAUUGCUUCGAUGAUUCUCAGAGCUCAAGUUCCCAAAAGUUUGAUGUCAACACUGUCUACGGACAGGUUCUCCAGAAUGAAGAAUUUGGAAGAUAUCUAAACCUCACGGUCAUCGGAAACAGUCCGCAGGAUAUUGUAGGCUCUACAAAUCGGAGCGGGAGUUUAGCCACUCUGUUCACCACCUCAUCUGUUCUUACGCUCAAUGCGUGGUCGAACAGCUCUUAUCUAUGCCAGAAUAUGCGACCUCAAAGCCCCCUUCCCGAACUGACUUCAUUGGAUGGCACUUUCUGCCCGAUCGCCUCUGGACCCUUCGCAUUUUCGUCAACCAUCCCUUGGGGUCGGGACCGGGAACUUACUACAUUAAUUACGCGUCUACGUGCUGUCGAUCCUUUUGGCAAGGAACUUCUCUGUCUUGAUAUGCUGAUCACUCCACUGAAUCCAAGGGUCAACUCGCCUUAUGGGAACGCAAAAAUCAUCUUUUGGUCAACCGUUGGGCUUGCAAUAGCUUACUGGAUUGUAGUCGGGAUCGCCAGAAUCGUAUCUGCUUGGAACAGGGGGAUAACCCGCCCUGGUCGAGGGUUAUGGUCUCGUGCACAAAGUGCUGGCUAUAUUUUGGCAAGUGCUAUCAGUGGAGAGCGCCUUGCUACCAGCCCAGCAUUAAUGCGUUUUUGCACACCUUCCAUGCGAGAUGUUAUCUUUCAUACGCAGUGGUGUGCAAUCCUGGCUAUGGUGGCAGUAGAGUGGCCUCAAUUUGUUUACCCUCUACUUACCCAGACCGCAUGGUCAACUCUUUCUUACAAUAUCUCUUUGACGCAAUCGUCACAGUCUCAUCACUGGGAUCCACUAAAUACAAGCCGCUACUCUCCUCCAGAUGGCUUUGCAGAUCAGCUUUCAGACAGUCAAUCCCCUAUUUUCAUUGACCCAUCAGUUCCUAAUGUCAUCUAUUCCCUGCCACCUGACGCCACCCAUGGAAUUUCAUCGUUUGCUUACACUCUUGGCAUUCGUCCCCAAGAUCUUUUCCCAACUUGCAUGAUUAUCUUCCUCGGGAUCAUAGCAGCUGCUAUAGUCAUCUCUAUUCUCAUAUGUGUAAUUGAUUAUACUGUCGGUCUGUUUGGUGGUUCUGGAGGAGGACAGGGACAUGGCACCGGCAUGAACCGUUUAACCAGGUCACGCAGCCCGGCUUUCGGAAGCAAAGAACUAGGGGACGCUGCAUUGCCUUCAGCAAUUGAUGAAAGCAAAUCAUUAACUGGCUCAGCUCCUGGCCUAUCAGCGAGUGGUAAAUUUCCUAACGCAAAAUUCUCAUUACCUUUACCCAGCUCCGGUGUUUCUUCUGAGCGUGGCAUAAACUCUCACAGAUCCUGGUGGCGUCUACGCUCAGACUUUGGAGCAUUUCAUGGAAGCGUGCUACAUGGAAAUCUUGUUCGAAUACUUGUCUUGUUUCAUUUGCCUGUGACGGUGUUUUCCUGUUAUCAAAUGACGUUGAAGGACGUUGUUGGUACUUCUUCAAUUGUCCUGGCCGCGCUUUCCUUUGUCAUAUUCUCGAUUCUCGUCCCUGCGCAUCUGGUUAUUCGAGUGACUUUCACUACUACCAACAAACUCUAUGACGAGACAAAGACACUACUCUCUUUAGGACCAUUAUAUAACCACUAUCGGCAUGGUUCACAGCUUUUUGCAAGUUUAUUCUUUGCUACAAAUAUUGCAUUCGGUGUUACAGUUGGAGCAGGUCAGAAAAGCGGCACUGCUCAAGCCAUCAUCAUUCUCGUUGUUGAAGUGAUCUCGGCUCUGGUGACGAGUAUAUGGCUGCCAUGGGGUAGUGGAGCAAGCAUGGGUCUGAUUAGCUUUUUGUUCUGCGUUGCCAGAAUUGUUAUCGCCGUUUUGCUGGUUAUUUUAACUCAGGCUAUUUCAAUCGGUCCCGGUCCAGGGGGUUGGGUCGCAUAUGGAAUUUUGAUUAUCCUUGCCCUUGUUUAUCUUGCCCUUAUCUUCAUGUUGGCGGUAAAACUUCUCGAGGCUCUUGUUCGGAUUGUUGGAAGAGUUGGUUUUGAUCGCAGUCGACAUGUCGUGGACAGCGGUUUAUUGGGAGCCUGUGGCCUUUUGGGAUGCUGCGGGUCAAGGAAACGGAGCAGAAGAAAUAGUAGGCGUCGCCACUCGCACAGACGGAAAAUGAACAACACGAGCCCGUCACAAAUUCAGACUAGGGACUCCGAUUUGUCGUCAUAUAUGCCGCCAGUUGGAGGGAUUCAACCUAUCGAUGGAACAUCCACCCCACCCAGAUUCUUGAACACUGAGUCAAGGAAGGGGUCUGCCAAUUCACAACCUCCAUCCGUUUUGAGACCGGAGCAUGCAAAUAGGCCGUAUAAGGAAGAACUUGUGGAUAGCGAGGAUGAAGGUUAUAUCAUGGGAGCCUGGCAACCAUUCCCUCGACCCGCGUCGGGAUACACACCUGUCAGCAAUGUACCACAGAUAGGUCACACCCCGCAACCGAAGGCUUCUCCUUCAUCAAAUAUGUCUAACAGCGUUCCAACGAGCGGAUUUUCUCGCGUUGGGGGUGGCAGGGCUCAUAUCGACACACCGUAUGCAAUAAACACCGGCUCAACCCACACCUUUCCAUCUAUUGGACAACACAGCCAAGUACAACCGGUUGGAAACCAAAGCACAUCUGCACUUGGUGGUUCUCCAUUGUUCUAUGAAAGGGGUAUGGAUAGCGAUGAGAACAUCCCUCUUUCGGUUGCGAAUGUAGAAGUCGCCGUCGGUGUCAAUGGGUUACCCUCAGGCGCUAUGAUGCCUGUUCACACGCGCACCAAAUCUCAAACAGCCAUUAUCGAUUAUUUACCCAGUGGACCGGCAUCUUCUCAGUCAAUGUCGAGAGUGUUCCAGCAACAACAGGACCUAGGCCAGUCGUCGCUUGGACCGAGACAAACACAUGUUUCAGAAGACACAUUCUUGCGCCCACCAGAGGCUAUGGCUGCCCAUAAAUUUGUCGUCGGUGACAACGAUGUGGAUGACGAUGACGACUCGGGGGAUGAGCAGAAUCAUAAGAAGAGGAAGCCCUGGUACCGCUUAAGAAGGAACCGACCGCAUAGUAUGGCGGGCGGUCAGGCAUCUACACCGAACUUGGGAAAAGCGGCUGUAGACGAAGAGCUUGGAGGACUCAAUACGGAAAACACACCUCAACCCCAGAAAUCGUUUGUUGUCAUUCGGAAACCACCAUCUGCCUCUAUGGGCCGUUUGAAUGCAGCUGCACCCAGUAGUGGCGCCAACACAAGCGCAACAUAUCCCAAAGCUUCUUCACGUCCACCGACCAGAUAA